AUGGUCAAUCACGGACCCUCUGCAGGAUGCGUUACAUGCAAAGCACGACGGGUCAAAUGUGACGAGGCGAAGCCUGAAUGUCACUCGUGUCAACGCCUCAACCUUCGCUGUGGGGGCUACAAGUCGAAGCCUGUCAAGAUAAGGUUCAAAGACCAAACCUCGAAAGUGUGCAAUGACAUUGCUUCGAGGCAUGCGGCCCAUAAUCAGCAAUUGGUUCCUUGCUUGCGAUCGCUAACCGACCCCGACCCUUCCGUACCAUUCUUCAUCCGACAUUACGCCAUGAUGGGUCGCGACAUGAAAUCUUCUCGCGGGUUCUUCGAGAUGUUAGUACCAGUAUACGCUUCUGAGAAGCAGAACUCGGCGCUCUCACUCGCCGUGACCGCCACGGCUUCGGAAAUCAUGUCGCGUUGGCGACACGAGAAUAGCUCCCGAGCAUCACGGGAAACGUAUGCCCAGGCCAUCAAGUCUCUUCGAAAGACAAUCGAGGAUCACAAUGAGUGGACAAAUCCAGCAACCAUUCUAGCAGUGCUGGCGCUGCAAUUCUAUGAGAAUUUCGCUGUCAUAUACGGGAGUAAAUCAGCCACGAGCGUCCACCACGACGCAGCCGUCUCCCUGCUCCCAUUCACCGAUCAGAAUUGUCCCGAUGGGUCCCUCAUGACACACAUUCGGCGAUAUAUCCUGCAUAUUGAAAUCUCCUCGGCGAUACGUCAGAAACGGCUGCUGCAGAGCACGGCCCAUUCGCGUAUUGGGUGCAUAGAGCCGAAAAUUGCACCAGGUAAUUUUGGUCCCGCCCUGGAUGCAAUUGGUGCGUUUGCUGCCGAGUUACAUGCAAGUUACUGGCAGCAUGCAGCACACAAGGGCUCUAUGUUUUCAACAGACAUACCCAGAAAUUGGAUAGCCGAGGCAAAACGCAUUGAUGAGCAACUCCUGGCUUGGGCACAAAAGGUCCCGCAACAUUUGCGGCCCGUGAGACUCACGGAUGGAAGUGCCCUUGACCCAUCGAUACCAACCUACAAUUCCAUCUGCGACGUUUAUAUUUCAUGCCAGAUUGGUACACUAUGGAAUGAAUGGCGCGCUCAACGCCUCUUGCUCGUCAAGAUCAUCCUCAGUUCGCUGCGUACGAACCCACCAGGGCGUUAUACGCAUCUAGAUGCUGGAACCUCAACGGGAGAUGAAGACUUCGCCAGAUAUAAGUACAUUCUCCAGGAGCUCAUUGACUCGGUCUGCUACAGCGUACCUUUUUACCUUGGAAACCAAGGCGGAUGGCUGAGUAUCCCCGACUUGACCGACCCAUCAAUUCGGCUUCCUAGCUAUCGCUUACUAGGAGAUUCCAACCGGCAAAAGUCCGCGCAAAAGUCGGAAGACGAGCACAGAAGCCAUAUUAUCGCCCAAGGGCCGUGGCAUAUUAUGAGUAUGCUGAGUCGUGUGGUGGUAUUCUUCAUAGAGGACUAUGGUCAGGGAAUGGUGUCUUUUCUCCGACCUGGACAGCUUCAGUGGGUUCGCGAGCAGUUUUUGCGGGUCACGCAGCUGCUUCGUAUUCCGUUGGAGGAGGCGGGUGAUACUGACGGGGGAUUUUAUCCUUUGAAUAGGUCUGUACAUGCGGAUUUAGAUGGGAAGAUAGAUAAUCUGGCGAGGCGGGUCAGAAAAGGCGCGUUUAUAUGA